UGAGAAAACCAGUCAGUAUCUGGUGUGACCACCAUUUGCCUCAUGCAGCGCAAGACAUCUCUUUCGCAUAGAGUUGAUCAGGCUGUUGAUUGUGGCCUGUGGAAUGUUGACCCACUCCUCUUCAAUGGCUGUGCAAAGUUGCUGGAUAUUUGCGGGAAUUGGAACAAGCUGUCGGGGUUCUUGCUUUGGAAAUAUAUUGAAUUCUGCUUAUAUCAUGCUAUACCACAAUAAACACAAAGUUCAAAUGCAGAGACUUCGAGACCAUUAAUUGAGUGCUUUUGAAUUGACAGGUUGGCGCAAAAUCGCUGCUGCGCUGUAUCAGCACAAUGGACAGCGCCCUGUACACUAAGCAAGGCCUUUUUGGUAAUGGAUAUAGGCUGCAAUUCACCUAUUACAAACAGCCUAUGUGAAUGCACCUGUACACACAGCUGUCUUACCAAAAUAAUGCAAAUUAAAGUAUAGCCUAGUUAUUCAUGCAUGCUAACGAAAAUACUGAAUAGCAGUUUGGCUUAGAAUACCAACACAACUGCAAAUGCCAACGAAUGAAUGUGAACAGAACAAAACAGAAGUACCAAGUAGGCCUAGUUGACUAAAUGUUUAUUCGAGGCAUGAAACAAUCUAUAUUUAGGCUAGUUACAUUAACAGUAAACAAACACAGUAAACAAAAGGCAAAUGGAGAUCCAAAUAACCAAAACAUAGCCUACAGCCUACUACAGUGAGAUGCAGCCAUGCACAGCUGUCUUGCCAAACAAAUGGAUCAUGGAAAACCAUGCUGCUCAUGAGUACAGCAACACCUUCUGAUAUGGAACAAUACACUUCUGUUGAUCAAAUUCGACCUGUGUAAUCAAUUAAGGAAUGUCAGCCUACCAUAAAUACAUUUCCAAUAUUUACAGUUCCAUUUACAACCAAGAAAACAAAUACGCUACCAAAAAAAUCCUUAUUUCAAUGAGGAAACAUACCGAUAUGUUCUUGCAUUGGAAUUAUAUUGAAUUCUGCUGCUGCUCUUCGCUCUCCUUCUCAUUUUGGCUUUGUUUGGUUACUUUGGCGAAGCCAGUUUCUGAUAUCCAUCAUGGCAGAGGCAGAUUAGCUGGUGCGAGCUAACUAAUAGGCUAAGGCUUAUAACACAAAUGCUUUUUACAGCUAGGCAGAGUUGUGUGAAGCAGCUUCAAUGGUGAACUUGACCUCGGCCUUAUAAAUCAAAAUGAAUAUUACAGAUGGAAGCGUAUCAUGUUAUUCACUUAGCCUACCAUGGAUGAGAAGUGUUUUUUCCCACUUUUUAUGAAAACCCAUAGGAUUUUGCAGAACCCCAGUGUUUUUCCAUAGCCCUUCUACACACACUGCAAUGCGCUCUGUCCAUUGUGCUGACACAGCACAGCAGAGAUACAGAUUUUGCAGCAACCUGUCACUCAUCAUUAGAAUUAUUUUGCUGUUUUUAUAUAGGGACAUAAAACUAAAACUGAGGGGGCACAAGUUUCAACUGAGGGGGCUAAGCCCCCUUUUCCCCCCUCGUGGAGCCAGACCCGCAUACGUUCACUUUAUAGUAUCUCAUUGACCACCCAUUUGUAGCUGACUGAAAAAAUGAUAUCUGCAUGUUCUCUUUUUAAUUUUUUUAAAUUUUAUUUAACUAGGCAAGUCAGUUAAGAACAAAUUCUUAUUUACAAUGACGGCCUACACCAGCCAAACCUUAGUAGUGCUAUACACUAUCAUCUUUCAUUUAAACUUCCCCCAACAAUGCACAUCUUUAGCGCAUGCAAAGCUGAGCAUUCUUCUCUUGCUACUACACUUCUACAGAUAGACUGUGUCCCACAGGUAGAGAGGGUUGGGACGAGAAUGUUAUCCACUUUCCUCAAAGAGGAUUACAGCCUCAGGCAGCUUAGCUUCAUAAAGGGUGAGGGUAAGGAGAGCCCUGUUGUCUCCAGCAGCCAUCUGUCUGCCCAGUGUAGAGCUGAGAGGGGUUGCUCUCAUUGAAGUGAACAGGGACUUCAGAAACUCUUGGAGGACAGUGGAAGUUGAUAAAAAUGCUUCUUUAUUGUUAAAACCAACACAUUCGGGCCCUUAACUAUCAUCAGGGUUGCUCUCACUCACAUAAGAGCUGAUGGAUGGGAUGCUAGGAGUGGAUGUGUUUCUUUACCCUGAUGGACUGAGAAUUGCUACACCAGAGGAUAUUAGGCAAUGGGAGCUGGAGACCGCCAGCCAGGUGUCCAGCCAGGUGUCUCAGGAACCCCCCGUCCGACUCUUUGUGGCUCUUUUCCCAUACAACCCUGCUGCGAUGUCCCCAAACCCUGAGACCGCUGCGGAGGAGCUCCCUUUUGUGCCAGGACAGAUCAUCAAGGUGUUUGGAGAUAAAGACGAUGAUGGUUUCUACCACGGGGAGUCUGGUGGUCUGUCUGGUGUCGUGCCUAGUAACAUGGUAUCUGAGAUCCCAGUGGAUGAUGACUACCUCAAGCAUCAGCUCAUGCAGCAGGGUUUCCUGCCUGUCGACCACACAGAUCCCAGUGAGGAGUCCAGCGUGCUAGAUGACUUGGUGGUCCGCCGGAUGGUGGCCAUCUUUGAGUAUGACCCUUGGGAAAGUUCCCCCAACAUGGACAGCGACGGGGACCUUCAUGGGCUGAGAGGUCUGGUGCCAUCCAACUACCUGGAACCACUACCAUGGGAAUAGGAUUAACAAGGAGCAUCCGAUACAUGAGAUUAUGCCAAGAAUCAGAAUCAGAUACAAUGAACAAAAAAACUAUUUCAAGGAUAUCUGAAGGGAUAUUACUGUGUCAAAGAUCAAGAUUUUGUCAUGUUUUUUUCUUCUGCAUAAGUACAUGUGACCACAGAAAUCUCCUCGAGGAUUUGUAAUGAUCAUGGAAUAGGGGUUUUAUGAACCGUGUGCAGGCUAUCAUGCACAGUAACGCAGUAGACAGAUUCUGCUCUGUCCAAAUAAAUCCUAUGAACUACAAACCUUUUGUUGGACAUUUUAAGGUGCAGUAAGAUUGGCCAAAAUAAUGACAUCAUGGUUAUAGUAUUACAUAAUGCUUUGUCAACAGCUAGGGUAUUGUAGCCUUAAAAAUAUGAUUUUUAUUCUCACUUUGCUGAUGGGGAUGUAUGUUGUAGUUAUGCCUAUAUUUGCCUUACUACAUCUUUCGGUUUAGGAAAUAUCCAUGCACAUUUUAUAGUGAAGGCUGUGAGAAAUCUUUCCUGUUAGAGAUAUUAUUUUCUUCCUUAGUAGUAUGCACAAUUUUUUUAUUUUUUAUUUUGGUAAAUACCAACUGAGAUUCUGAUUGGAACAUUGAUCACGUUGAAUGAAGAUAUCUAUGCAGAAUUUAGCAGUACUAUUAAACUGUUCAUUUUCUGAAAAUCUGUUUCGUACACUUGUUCCUCAUGUUAGUGGGUUUAGAAUUAUACAGCGCAGGAUCUUCAUCAAAACCAGAUGCUGAACACUGAAACAAUUUUAACUGUACAACCACUUUUACUAUAAACUGCACUGUGAUUGUUAUACCAAUAUCUACAAUAGUAGAAUGACCAUAAACCACAGAAAGCAAGAAAAACAAUUCAUUGAUUUUCAUUAGUACAAUAUUGCAAUCAAAUCUACUUUUAUUUGAGAAACAUGACUGAAUAGUUAAUGGGAACUUAACAUUUAUUCAUAGGACUGCAUUUCUAGAACAAAAAUGUAAUACAACUUAAAAAUAGACCAUGGUCUCCAAGCUUUUCAGAAUCGUUCAUUGAUGUCAAUGGAGUCCUUGUAGUAUUUUCCUCCGUAGCCAACAGUACAGUCAUCCAUAAAGUAGGAAACACUACACUGUGCAGAGGAGUUUAGUAGUACUCUCUACUUUAUGGAUGACUGCACUGUACAUCAGUAUCUUCUCGUUGCUGUGGCAGCUUCGUGUUUGGUUCUGCUCAGAACCCCUCCUCAGUCCAAUCCGUAGAGCAAAUUCAAAACAGGAACUAACUAAAUCGUCACAAAAACGUGAUGUUUUUUUGUGUAAUACAUUGCUGAUGUGUAACAAAAUGAUCUCAUAAUUUAUAAAAGUGUACUAAAAUCGUCUCAAACAGUAGAACCAAUAAAAUGUUACAAUAUAUUACUGCCACCAUACAGUAAACCUCUCAUAUGUUUUAUACAAAAUAAAAUUCAAUGAAUAUAUCUCAGUCAGUAUAUCACACGGUCUUACCAUCUUUCUCUCCUCUAU